AUGGGCAACAUGCCUUCAAUGAGACUCUGGAUACAAUUCUUUGUAAUAUUUUGUGCGUCUCAUGUACUCGCUGCUCCUACUGGCAACUCGCAACAAGCUCCAAAUCCAGUUUCAUCAAACAAAAUUACUGAUACUUACAACCGACAAUACGUCUUCCAUCCCUGCCACAAUGUCACGAAUGAAUUAGAAUGUAACUUGAUCAUGUCUUUGUGGUUUUAUGAAGCGCAGAGGGAGGGAGUGUUGCCAUCGGAUACUCGAGUCUGGUGGGCUCAGAACAAUACAUUCUUGACGGAUGGGAAGGAUGUUGGUCUUGAUCUUGUUGGAGGUUACAAUGACGCAGGCGACUAUCCCAAAUACGGACUACCUGGCUCUUACGCCAUGAUGAUGCUCGCAUGGUCUGGAGUUGAUUACGCCCACGGAUUCCAGCUCGCAAACCAAACCAGCUGGCUCCUGAAAACUAUUCGUUGGGGAACCGAUUUCAUCAUCAAGUGCCAUCCUUCUAAAGAUGUAUUCUACUAUCAAACUGGAGUUGGAAAUGAUGAUGAUAAUUAUUGGGGGCCUCCGUUGCAAGAUCCAUAUCAGCCAAGAAAGUCGUUCUCUCUCAGCCCCAAAUUACCUGGUACUGAUGUAGCCGCACAAGCAUCAGCCGCGUUAUCAGCUGCAUCAAUCGUUUUCGCAGCCGUUGACCCCACAUAUUCGGCUCUCUUGCGACAACAUGCUCGAGACCUACUAGAUUUCGCAAAUUUGUACCGUGGCAAAUACUCUGCCCAUCUCCUGGACACAAGACAACACUACGGUUCCUCCUCAUACCAAGACGAGCUCGCACUAGGAUUUAUCUGGUCGUACCGUGCUACUGGAAACAAGACUGACCUCGCUCAAGCUGAAUCAUUGUACAAGAAACACGGGCUUGGAAAUGUACAGCCUGAUCCACCGUCUUGGGAUUUCAAGAGCCCGUAUGUGGUGGUGUUGUUGGCAGCGCUGACAAACCAGGCUGUCUAUGUUAAUGAUGCAAAAGCAUACUUUGCCCAAAUGAUUAAUACACCGGUGGUGAAGACGGGAGCGAAGCCUGCCGUGUUUAAGACGCCUGGAGGAUUGUUGUGGUUCAAGUUUGAUUCCCCACCAUCAUUGGUAAACGCUCUCGCAACAAGCUAUGCCAUGGGCUACUUUACCGACUUUGUGAACUCAACCAUCAGCACCACCGCAUACACCCAGAUCAUCGACUCACAAGUCCGCUACGUGCUCGGAUGCAACCCAAGAAAAGCAAGCUAUGUCGCUGCAUCAAACCCUACUUCACCAAGAAACCUCCAUCAUCCGUACAGCCAAAGCAGCACAAAUAUUAAUUCCAAGACUCCUAAUCUGUACCCUCUUUAUGGCGCCAUCCCCGGAGGCCCAUCUGUGACGGACGGGUUCCAAGACAAGAGAAGUAAUUUCGAUCAGAGUGAACCAGCGUUGGAUUAUAACGGGCCGUGGGUUGGAUUGUUGGCUAGAGCAGUGGGUCAAGGACUUGAUUUACAGUGUUUGGCGAGUGUGUCUCAGUAG